GUCUCUCGAACCGGACGAGAUUUACAACGCUACGAUACAACUGGUUAUCGUCAGGUCGUCGGAUGUAUACCGUAUAGGUACAAGAACGAUGGAGAGAUUGAAGUUUUGUUAAUAAGUGCACAGAAGAAAGGGAAAGGGAUGUUAUUACCAAAAGGUGGUUGGGAGAUCGAUGAAUCAAUAGAAGAAGCAGCGUUAAGAGAGACGAUGGAGGAAGCUGGUGUAACGGGUCAUCUCGAAGAGACGCUUGGGAAAUGGCAAUACAAGAGCAAAAGACAUAACAUGGUUCACGACGGGUUCAUGUUUCCUUUGCUCGUUAGCGAGCAGUUUGAGCAGUGGCCUGAGUCGGGAUUCAGACAAAGGAAGUGGGUUUGUUUGUCGGAAGCGAUUGACUUGUGUCAGAAUUGGUGGAUGAGGGAAGCUUUGGAUGCUUUCAUUGACCGGAAAUGUCUAUGAUGAUCUUGGAUAGAUGGAUGAUGUAUAAAGAAAAGACGACUUUUGAUUGUUCUAAAGCUUUUUCAUGGGGGAGCUUUUGAAGAGCAGAUCAUGUUCAAGUCUUUUGAUUUGAUUUAUUCAUUGGUUAGAUAGGGUAUUUAGAUAGAAAAAAUUGUUUGAAUAAUGUUGGGCUUCAUAUAAUCUGUAACUGUGUAUAUAAAUAAACUGAAUCAUCAAUA